AUGGUAUCAACAAAAAGGGAACACGUCCACAUGAAGUACGUAAAACCGUUUGUCAUCAUUUCCGGAAUUUGGCCACUGAGAGUGAAGGGUUUUGCAAAAUUCUUAUACCACAUAUAUUUCUACACGAUUUUUACGUUUUUUCUUUUGAACGUUGGUACAGUCUAUAUUACAGCCAAAGGAGUUGCGGCAAAAGGAAAACCGACAGAAAUAACAGAUUUCACAGCAAAUGCUGUUUUCACAACGCUACUUAUAUUCAAAGUAUUGACAUACAAAUCCAAACGGGUACAAGAAGUACUUGACUUGAUACUGAAAAGCGAAGAAGACAUUUUUAAAAAAUACAAUUCAGAAGCUAAAAACAUUUAUAUGAAAAACGCAGCUGACACUCAAUUCCUGGCCUCGAUUUUUAUUUUCCAAGGUGUAUUCGUGUCAUCUUGUGCUCAAAUUUUUCCACUAAUUAUGACAUUUAUGAGUAAACCUGAUGAAUCGGGACAUGUUGAGAAAUACUACAUAGUACCUAAUUGGGAACCAUUUGACAAAUAUAAAUAUUACUAUACCACUUUUAUCAUACAACUGCUCUAUACUUGUAUCGCUGAAACUUACAUUGUCUUCGGUUGUGCCUUCUUUCUGUCUAUUUUGAAACACAUUACAGGACAAUUUAAAAUGCUGCAGUACAGAUUUGCAAGUAUUUAUGAAGAUGCCGUAAAUAUGAGUAAUAUGACUGGGAUUAGUUUUAGCGAGGCAUGUAAUGUGCUUGUGAAAGAUUGCAUUCGUCAUCAUCAGGAUAUUAUCAAAUUGGUUGAACAAAUAGACAAAACUUUUGGAAAAUAUAUUUUUAUUGAAUACGGAUUUACAUCUUUUGGCUUGUCUAUAGUUGUACUUGAAUUUUUAUUGAGUAAUUACGGACUUACGCGAUCCAUUUUUGCAAGCAACUGGUUUAAAAUAGAUAUUUCUGCCCAAAAAUUGCUGGUGUUUGUUAUAAUGAGAGCUCAAAAGCCUCUUACGUUGUCUAUUGGCCCAUUUAGAAAACUUGGUGUGGAUUCUAUGAUAGCUGCAAAUCCAGAUGUUGUAUCGCAACCAAAAAAACAAUGCAGAAAUGUAACGAUAUUUUUGUAG